AGAACAAUAAUGUUGUGUUAUUAAAAUACAAAAAAAAUGUGCGCCUUUUAGAAUCAGAAAACUGCGAAUUAAAAAGGUGAGAGCAUGAACCUAGAAUCGGUGAAGCAGUAUCUCGAAGGAGAUAAGGAAAAGGAAAAGGAAUCGGAAGUGGCGAAUCUACCACCGAGAUUCAUCGAGAGAUUCGUGGCGAAAGGAAUUAAAGUAGAUUUCAUCGAGCAUGGACGAAUCGUCUGCUCCAUGAAAGUCCAACCUCAUCUCCUGAACGCAGGCAACUUCUUACACGGCGGAGCAACGGCGACUCUGGUGGACUUGAUAGGAUCUGCUGUGAUUCACACGACGGGACUUCCACACACUGGAGUCUCAGUGGAGAUCAAUGUUUCUUACCUUGAUUCUGCUUUCCUUGAUGAAGAGAUAGAGAUUGAGUCCAAGGCUCUGCGUGUGGGUAAAGCUGUAGCAGUUGCGAGUGUUGAGCUGAGGAAGAAGAAGGAUGGUAAGCUUAUUGCUCAAGGUCGCCAUACUAAGUACCUUGCUCCCCGUUCCAAGCUUUGAAUCUUAUACCUUAAACAAUAUGAAUCGGUUUGUUUUAUCUCAUCGUUUGUGUUAAUUACAUUAAACUAUGGUUUAUUCUCUUUCUAAUACUACUAAAAAGCUAUGCUGAAGAAGUUUAAAAUGGUUUGUAUAUCUACACUUUAAGCAUAAACGUUUGCUAUAAUUCUAAACUAUUAUCACCGUA